AUGGAUGUUUAUAGCUUCUAUAAAAGUCCUGACUUUGACCCUACAAUUCCUGUUUUUUUGUUACUAAAGGGUCAGCCAGCUAUAGACAGUGGUGGCGUAUUACGGCAGGUAUUUGGUGAUCUUUUUUAUGCCAUGGCAAGCAAUGAAGGAAUUAAGAUUGUUUUUAAUGGAGAUAAAAACAGCAAAGUACCUGCAUUCAGCAAUGAACUGGUUGUGAAUGGACUGUUUGAAGUGUUGGGUAAAAUGAUAGCUCACAGCCUCAUCCAGUCAGGUCCAGGAUUCCCAUACCUGUCUCCUACCAUUUACUGGUAUCUGGCAACUGGUGAUCUACAGAUUGCCAUCCAGAAGGCCACAUGCUCAGAUGUGGAUGACAUUGAACUUGCCGAGUACAUCAGGAAUGUAAGUUUAUUGUUUGUUCUCUACAGUGAAACCUCUAUUAAGUGGACACCUGCAGGACCUUUGCUGGAGUCUGCUUAAUGAAAGCUUGUACAGAAAACAUGCGAAGAAACAAAAAGAAAACAAAUAGACAAACCAUUUUUCUGCUUAAAUGCGCUUUGGCUCAGUUUUUGUUCCUGGUUUAAAUUUUUGUUUCUCUUAAUUCGUGUUGACUGCCAUACAUUUACAUACAAUUGCAGCAGACAAUAGUAAUAGAAAGGGACAUUUGAUCAUAUCCUAUACUUGCAGGUCACAGAAGCACCAGCAGAGGAGCGUAAUGUCAUUGCCUUUGAAUCUGGCUUUAUCAGAUUGUUAUCUGAAGCUGGAGAGAGUAGAAUACUUACAGUAAGUAGAAACCUAAUUUAUUAUAUAGUAAAAGUUAGAUAGGGCACAUUUAGUUAACACUACUAUUAGCUGUAUGUGUUUUCUGCUAAGUGCCACAUGGUUUAAAUAGAGGAAAAGAAAUUUAUAUUUUGCAGUUUGGAGGUCCGUUAAAUUGUUGGUUAACUGUGAAAAGAAGUAGUUUUGUUAAAACAUAGAAAAAUGCUGAUCAAUAUUCUGGUAGUUAAGCAGUGUGCCCUGCACCAUGCUUGUUACAAAUAAUUCAAGCAACAGGUUACAAUAUUAUUGUAACCUGUUGCUGUAAAUAAUUGACAGUAAUAAAACAAUUAAAUAAUGUAUUCUUGCAGGCUGAUAACAAGCUUGAUGUCCUCCAGUCAUGUUUCAAACCAUUCUAGUGAAGAAGAAGGCAAUUCUUGAUCAAUUUAGAAAGGGGCUGUCAAUCCUUUGUUAG